AUGUCUCCCUCCGAUCCAACCUUCUCGAAAUACACCACUGGCCAAGCCCAAAAGUAUGCCAAGGAACGAACCUCGUAUGCGGAUGAACUAUACCGUCUUGUGAUCGAGCGUCAUGUCAGAACUGGAGGCGCACUGAAUGUGCUCGCCGAUAUAGGCUGUGGCCCAGGGAACGCCACCCGUGACCUGGCACACUCGUUCGACACUGCAAUCGGUCUUGAUCCGGGGACGGAAAUGAUCAAUACAGCUCGCCGGCUCGGUGGAUCGACCUCAUCUGGGAAGCCUAUUCAGUACAUUGUAUGUGGUGCAGAACACAUCUCGCGGGUAUUGGAAGAGAGUUGCCCAGGUGUUAAAGGGCACGGGGUAGAUCUAUUGACGGCUGCCAUGGCGGCUCAUUGGUUUGAUAUGCCCAAGUUCUGGGUAGAGGCAGCACGGAUCCAUCCACCCCUAACGCGGCAGAAGUUCAAAAAGCAUUCUUCCGUCUCAGAAAGAGAGACUCUCGCCCCGUAUGAACUGCCGCCUAAUCGACUCUCUCGUGAUUUGUAUGAAAACCUGGGUCUUCCUUGGCACACAGGCGACGGUGCUCCAGUUUCGCACUGCUUCCCCCAGGGCGAGUUUGAACGGCACGAAUGGGACCGGGAUGGCGUUCUCAGCAACGGCCGUUCGUUCUUCAUGGGCUCGGAGCGAACAACUGUCGACGAGCUUGCUUCGGGAUUGGAAACGGCCAGCAUGGUGACUCGCUGGCGGGAGGCUCAUCCAGAUUCCACGGCCAAUGACUGCGUGCGGCAAUUCGCUUUGGAUGUGAAAGAGGCACUGGGUGUGACGGAGGGUGAGAAUCCGUCGCUUACGGUGGGCAAUGCAACAGUUCUACUCAUUUUCAAACGAAGAUAA